AUGGGUUCCUUUCACUGGCGAAAUGCGGUCAUUAAUGAAGCAUAUAAUUCAAUGUAUUCGGUACAUUCGGAUACUUACAAGAUGUACCAUGACAUACGUGAGUUGUAUUCUUGGACUGACAUGAGAAAGGAUGUUGCUGUGUUUGUAAGGCAAUGCUUGACGUAUUUACGAGUGAAAGCGGAACACCGGAAGCCUGUUGGGUUACUCGGACAACCAGAGAUUCCUGAAUGGAAGUGGAAGUGUGUGACUAUGAAUUUUAUUACCAAAUUUGCCAGGAUGAAGGAAGGUCAGGAUACGAUUUGGGUGAUUGUCGAUAGAUUGACAAAGUCUGUUCAUUUCUUGGUCAUUCGUGAAAAAGUCUCCACAGAGGAAUUGGUGAAGAAGUAUGUAAAGGAAUUCAUGUCGAAGCAUGGUAUACCAGUUCCGAUCAUUUCAGACAUGAUACUCGUUUCAAUUCUCAUUUUAGGCGAAGAUUUCAGAGAAUUCUCUCACAACAAUAGUUAUCACACAAGUAUUAAGAUAGCUCCUUUCGAGGCAUUGUAUGGACGGAAGUGUAGAUCACUUGUCGCGUGGUCUGACUAUGGCAAUAGCCAAUUGGUUGGGCCUGAGCUUAUUGAAGAUACUGCCGAGAAAAUAAUUCAGAUUAAAGAGCAACUCAGAGUAGCACGAGAACGACAAAAGAAGUUUCUCCUUAGAUUUGUUGUGAGCGGAAAGCUCGGAUCAAGGUACACUAGACCGUUUGAGGUACUGAAAAGAGUUAGUAAGGUGGCUUAUCGAUUGAGACAUUCGGGAGAGCUUGAGGGAGUUCACUGUGUAUUUCAAUUGUCACAUCUUCGAAAAUGUCAAGCCGAAGAGGAACGUCAUGUGCCUAUGGACGAAAUCCAAAUUGACAAUAAGUUGAAUUUCGUUGAAGAGCCUUUGGAGAUUGCAGAUCGUAAGGUGCGGAAAUUCAAGAAAACCAAGUAUACCCUUGUUAAGGUUCGUUGGAAUUUAAAGCGUGGGACUGAAUAUACUUGGAAACGAUAA